AUGGCAGAAAAUGUCAUGAACUCUUACUUGAACUUGCCUGAAUUAACCAGACCCAGAAUCCAGACGGUCCCUGAUGUCCAAGGUAAAAGCCAUUGCUCCAGAGCUCUGAGUUCCAGAGUUGCUGCACUGGCUGCUGUCCUGGCUGUGAUGAUCCUCGUAGUGGUCAUAGCCCUGUAUGUGACACUCAGGGCAGGCAGCCAACAGGACUCCACAGCAUUGACCUCCCCCAGCCAAAAUGUCUCAACACCACUGUCCCCCACCAGCCAAGAGGACUCAACAAAGUCACCCCCCAGCCAUGGAGAGGCUCCAGGCAAAAGCUGCUGUUCCACAACACGAGUUGCUGUCCUGGUUACUGAGAUAAUCCUGCUCCUCCUCACUGCUGUGUUUCAGAUGCUCCCAUGUAAAAGGCCUUGUUCCAGAGCACACAUUGCUGUGCUGGUUGUUGUCCUGGUUCUGGCUGUGCUGGCCCUCACUCUGUCUUGGACAGUCCCAGGUGCGGGGAAGCAAGAAUUGUGCACCAGCAACAGCCCCGAGCCGAGCAGAGCCUGCCCGGCGGCAGCAUCAGGGCAGCAGUGGCGUGGCCUGAGCAGCCACAGAAAAGCAGCGGUGCAGCCCCUGUGGCCGCGGGGAAUGGGCGAGAAGCGCCACCGCCACCGACCGGGGGGAAGCCGGGACGCAGUGUGCCUGAGCGGUGGGAACCUGGAGCCGUGA